GAAGAAAUUAGUGGGAUUCAAGUUAUGCAGCAACAUUUUAAAGCUAUAGCAUAUGCUGAUGACUUAACCAUAGGAAUUGGCUCCUCUACAGAUUGGGAAACUCUUUUAUCACUGCUGCAAAAAUAUGAAAUGGCCACAAACUCUAAAAUCAAUAGAAAAAAAUCCAUUCUAGUUCCUAUAACAGACACUGCUCAAUCAACUAGUUUAUUAAAUCAAAAUCUUUUCAAAGUAGCAGAUAACAAGACACCUCUUAGGAUUUUUGGAUAUGAAAUAAAGGACAAAUCAAAGUUAUUACCCAGAUUUUCAACGUAUCAACUAGAUUACAAUAGGGGGAGACUGGAUGCUCCAGUUCUUAAAGAUAUACUUGAUUCUAGGCUAGUUUCUGUCUGGGUUAAACUUUUGACUACAGAUAAUACAUGGCCAAGAUUGAGAGAGCUUAAAGGAUGGCCUGAUAAUUGGAAACCAUACCUAGUAGCUUGGAAAAGACUCAAAGGUUCUAUAAUGGCUACAAAUGAAUGGCCAUGGAACAUUUCUCAACUAGAGAUUCAUGAACAAACAGGUAAUAACUUCACAGUUAAAAAAGCAGCAGACUAUUUAAAACAAUCUUCGAGCAAAG